UAUAUAUAUAGGAUUGGUCAGAGCACAAGUAAUCUCGACAUACUCUUCCUCUCUUCUCCAAGGUUUUCAGGUAAUUUUGCUAUGUAUUUCUCUUCAUCUUUUCUUUAAUAAAGUUUUCUUCUUAACUCGUCUGUUCUGGUGUGUAUGCAUGCAAUUAGAACACAACCUUUUGCUUUUUGCAGUUCGAUUAUCCCCAACCAGCACUAGUAUCAAUGGUGUUCUGUGGACUCCCUUUUCCUCUCAUGAACUGCAUCAAACCAAGUUCUCACAAGAACGGACCCAAUACUUCCCUCGUCAAAACGGUCCGAACAGAUAUGGGUUCCAAAUACUCAUCAGACCUGAGGUCUUACACGUUCGCUUGUCAACAAGACUCUAACCUCAAGUCCUUUGACUCUUCACUUCAUCAGCGAACCAACAUUGUCAUGAGGUCGCUCGCUGAGUCUCAAUCUAUAUCCCAAGGCUCACUCAUGGAAGUCUACGGGUAUCUACUUGACCUAAACCGAGAUGUAGUGAGCUUAAUCAUCGAAAGCAGAGAAGAUGUCAUUAACAACAAAUAUCUGAGUUCCUUGGUUGAUGUCUACUUCAAAAAUACCUCCAAGACCUUAGAUUUCUGCAACACCGUCCAGAACUGCGUCAAGAAAGCAGAAAUUAGCAAGCUUAUCAUCCGAUACGCGGUGAAGCUGUUCGAAGCGGAAUCGGUGGGCAUUGGAGAAAAUAAUAAUAAUAAUAAUAAUAAGAACAAGUAUGCAAAAACCUUGGCGGAGCUGAAUAAGUUCAAAGCCAUGGGAGACCCUUUUGAAGGAGAGUUUGAGACUCAGUACGAGUCGGUAUACGAGCAGCAGGUCCUGCUUCUGGAGGAAUUGCGUAAUCUCAAAGCAAAGCUCGAUAAGAAACAGAGAAAUCUAGAGAUAUGGAGGAAACUGUCGAAUGUGGUUUUCGCGACAGCGUUUGUCUCCAUUCUUGUCUUAUCGGUCGUUGCAGCGGCAGUGGUCGCACCGCAAGUGUUGAUCCAAGUUGCUUCUGGAUUAACCACACCGAUUGAGGUUGUCGGUAAAUGGUGUAACGAGAUGUGGAACAAGUACGAAAAGGCUGUCAAGAUACAGAUAGAAUUGGUUUCAAAGGUGGAAGCCGGAGCGAAAGUUAAUAAUGUAGCGACUGAGAAUAUAAGAUUCGAAGUUGAACAACUGAGAAUUAAGAUCUUGUUUAUUCUGAAUACCAUUGAGAUUGGUGUGGAAGAAGAAGAAGAGGUGUCGACAAGACUUGCUAUGCAAGAAAUCAUGAAGAAAGUAGAUGGGCUUACGGACAAAAUCGAGGAAGUUGGUGAAAGUGCGGCUAAGUGUAGCAAACUCAUUGGUUACGGGAGAUUUUUGGUUCUGCAGCACAUACUUGGCUUACCCACCAACUCGGUCUCCUAGAAAGGGAACUUGCCUUUAAAAAAAAAUCAUCAAUGGGGACAUCAAAGUUGUUGACCAGGUUGUUCUCUAAAGACUAUGUUGGGCUUCUAUCACUGGUUAUGGCAUUUUAAUUUAGGCUUUUCAGGCCUCCUAUGGGUUGUCCAUUUGAAAGGACUGGUUUUUAAAUUACUAUGUACAUAAUAUAUUUCUCUUACAUUUUAAAUUGAUAUUUUACCAAUAAGUUUUCAAUUCAAGUUGAUUAUAAGACCGGCAUAUGCAGAUACCUGUGCGUAUCCUUAUUAUGGAGCCUGCU